AUGGCGGCGGCCCAGGAUGUCUUGGGACCACCCCCGGUGAUGGAUUCCUUCUUCGACGACCACAUAGCCGAUUAUGGACCACACCCGCCGGAGUGGGUCGGGCUGUCACCCGACCAUGAGUUGGAGCCCGUAGAUUUGACCACCACUCGGCACGUGGUACUAGGUCGUCGCGAAGACUUCCCUGGCCACCUGGCGGCUGAUACAUAUGCCUUCGAUCCCAUCCCCAGGGCGGACCUUGAAAGACUCCGCCGCAGAGCCAACACAAUGGCCAUGGUCCUGGGAGACCAAGUCAUUGCCGAUGUGGCCGCCCGUGUCUGGGUCUUUUCAGAUGCAGACUCUGACAGACUUGGUAACAGGGUGGCCGACGACCAGUUGAGCAAUGCUGUGACCAUUGGAGCACGAGGUCUGGUGGAUGUGGGGGACAAGGUUGAGGCCAUUGAAGAGAGAGAUGAAAGCGCAGUGUCUGGCUACAAAGACUCCAAGCGAGCUGGGCAUGGAGAUUUGCGCACCAUAGGACACCAUGAGGACAGCCAGAAGCGCAGAUACAUCAUCUUUGCCGACGCAGUUGCACUCUUCCGGGAAACCAAAUUCACUGACUGGGGCUUCAGUGGUCCUAGAGCAGCAAAGGAAUUCCUGAAUGCAAUCAAUGAGGGGGCUGCAGCUGACCUGACUGGCUACCAUCUGCAAUGGUUGAAGCAUAGUGGCGUGAAUACUCACACUGCAGCUGCACAUGAGCACAAGAACUUGAUAGAGAUGCUGAGAUUGGCAAUAUGCAGGGACCAGUUGGAUGUCACAAACAUCAUGGCUUUCGAGUUGGUGGUUAGGCGGCUUGUACAAAUAGAGUUGGCAGUCGCAAGGUCUCCCAGCAGUCCGGACUAUCAAAACCUUGACAUCCUCAUGGAAUCCACCAUCACAGAUGGCGGUUCAGCAGCCACCAAGCAGUUGGACAAUUGGCUCACCGAAAGACUCAAGGAGAGAGCCAACAUCCAGAAACAAUCCAGGCUGGCAAGGGAAGAAGCGUCACAUGCCUCCAGAGGCAGCAAGGACAAGGGUGAGGAGGGCAAGGGAUGGAAGAAGAACAAGAAGAGCUCUAAUGCCGCCGGCGGACAGGUGGACCAUUCGGGCGGCCAGCACUUCGCCAAGUACAGAACGCACGGCGAUCCCUUUCCAUUGCCACCAGCCUGGGUUGAACGUGGGUUGGAUGACUCUGGAAUUGUUUUCCCUCAGCGGGGACGUUGGGCAGCGCACGCGCUGAACUGCCUCACUUUGCAAGAUCCGAAUUCAGAUUUUGAUCAUCUUUUGAGCGGGCUGGAACCAAACUCCACGCAGAAGCUUGUGGCCUCUCACAUACAGGAAUCCCUGCACUUGGCAGGUGAACCCCCCGGAGGCCUUGACGGUGCAUCUGCACUGAAUGAGCCCUGUUCCAGCAAAGACCUCUACCAGGAGGAGCCAAAGAAUCCCGCUGCCUAUGACUUCAAAAAGGUGAAAGUGCUCCACUCCAAGCUUUACCCCAAAAGUCUGGAAUCGGUCCUGCCGCAGCACGCAGCCUCGCUUGUGAAAAGAGCAGCUACAAUGAUUGAAAAGUCAGCCAAGCAAGUCGCUGAAGACGGGCCUUGCCGGAUCAAACCCUACUGGGAUCCUGCUCUGAGGCGCUCCCCAAAGGCGCUGAAGAAGUUGAUGGUGACAUUGGCGAACCAAGGGCUCAUCACAUUUCGAACCAAGGUCAAAGAGAAGAUUGGCAUCUUUUUUGUGAAAAAGAAGACGCCCGAGUGGAUCAGGAUGGUGAUUGACGCAAGGCGUGUCAACGCUAUGCACCAAUCACCACCUUGCACUCGGCUUGCAACACCCAGGUCCUAUUUGGACCUGCAGCUUCAGGAGGGACAAGGUGGAGAACCUGCUGCCUAUGGGAUUGAAGCGGAUGUCAAUGACUGCUUCUACAACUUUUUCUCUGAAACAGUGGCAUCAUGGUUUGGCAUUGAUUGUCCUCUCACAGUAGCAGAAUGGGAACAGUUUCUCAUAUUGUUGCUGGGAGGAUCCCCCGGCCUCUGCAUGAGAUUCGAGACCGACAAGCUGGUAGAAAAGGCAUUCCAUGAUUUGAAUAUUCCACUGACCUGGUCGUCUAAUGAUCCUUCUCCUGUUUUUGAAACUGUUGGCAUUUGCUUGGAUUUCAAACAGUGCAUUGCAUACAACAAGUCAAGACGGCUGUGGAGGGCGUUCUUGGCUGGGCGUGAACUGCUGCGACGCAACGUCGUAUCAGUGAAAUUGUUGGAAAUCUGGCUAGGGCACAUGACAUCCAUUUUCAUGCUGGCUCCCCAUGGAUUAUCAUGCUUUUUUCACAUUUACAAAUUUGUGACCCUGCAUCGCGGAAAGCGAGCGAAGAUGUGGAAGACCGUCAGAGCCGAAAUCAGAUUGGCUUUGGGGGUCAUGUGGUUGACUCGCACCAGCAUCAAAUUCAAUCCUAUCCACCAACUUGAUGCGGGCGACUCAUCUUCCAAUGCCUUUGCCCUGCUGACCACUUGGGCAACCACGGCCGAGCUCAAAGACACAUGCAAAUGGAGAGAGGCAUGGCGGUUUCGACCUUUUCCGGAAUCCCUGAUAGAUGCUGCUGACAACGGUCGGGAAGAAGUGCUGAGAGUGCUGCGAACCCUGUGCCCAGAGGUUCCAGGGGAGGCAGUGCCUGACAAUGAGCUCAAACCUGCGGCGCCUUUUGGUGCUGGGCUUCUUGGCCAAUAUGCCGACUGGAUUGUCCACAGCAAGGAUCCCACUAGCUGGCUGCGAACCAGCGCAGUCCGCAGCCAGUUGCGGGCAACUCGACAAAAGAGGGUAGAGGUGGAUGUUCCUGCGCUGGUUCGUCCUAUCGACCCAAGACUGGUGCAAAUGGCGUACGGCCAGAGUAGGCAGUUUGCACGGGCGGUUAAAAGUGAAAUGCGGAAGCCUGUUGCCAAAGAUGUCAUGGAGGCUGUCCCUCGUCUUGACUGUGCGGGGGGUGAAGCCGGGGCCCAGUGCCCGACAAGCGACAGAGAGGGCUGUUCAACAACAAAACAGAUUCAAGGUGCUGACAGCACCCACCACUGGUUACACAAGUUCAGUCAAGAGAUUGGGGACCCCUUCCGGUUUGCAGUCUUCGGGCAGCACACCCACAAAGAGAAAAAGGUCAAAGACCCAACGCUGAACAGAUACAAUGAACGCGUUUUGGCGUUCGAAGCAUACUGCCGGAACAAACGGAUUACCUUGUCUAGCCGUGACAAAGUUGACAAGGGCCUGGCUGAAUUUUUUGCUGAUCUGUUAGAUGAAGGUUGCUCUUAUAAUGAUGCUUCAUAUGCCUUAUUUGGAUAUAUUUUGCUCCGGAGUGACGAAGAGGUGCCCGAGCGAAUGCUCUACCCUCGGGCUCGUCAAGCGCUGAAAGGGUGGAACGCCAGAUAUCCCCAGUCGUCAUGGUCCGGUGCUGAUCCUUUGAUUUGGUAUUUGUUGGCUGAUAAAAUCGCUGAGAAUAAUCCUCCUAUGGCUGCCGCUUUGCUUUUACAGUUGGACACCUAUGCCAGACCUUCUGAAAUCAUUUUUCUGAAAUAUGGUGAUGUCGUUCGGCCUUCUUCAAAGCAUUGCCGUUUCUGGGGUCUUAUUUUUGGCAACUCAGAAUUUUUGGAAACAACGAAAACUGGAACUCAAGAUGACACGGUGCUUUUGAAUUCCACAGAUAGGAGCUUUGCGUGUAAUGUCUUGAAAGCAGUGGUGACCAAGCGCGCAUCUGCUACCCAACGGUUGUUCCCUGACCUUACAUUAGAUCAGUACGAAAAGGCCAUGCAGAAAGCCAAGUGUGAAGUCGGUCUCGGAAAGUUUGACUUUACCCCACAUUCUGUCCGGCACUCGGGGCCGUCAGCUGACUUCCUGUCGAAGACCAGAAACGCAGCUGAGAUCCAAGCCCGCGGGAGCCCGGCUGGUGACGAACGUCAAGUUCAACCGCAGAUCCUGCCCACAGCUCCCAGCACAGGUAGCAAACCGAAGGAGUUUGAGAUGGGAUGGGACGAAACUCUCUUCCGACCAUGGCGAAAGGAGAUUCUAUCAGCUAAUCAGAGAGGCCCUAUUGAACUUGGCCUUUCACCCACCUAUGACCCGAAUGCAGACCCUGAUGCUCCCAUAGUCUGCAAGUUCAGGGAUGGAACGUCCCAUGAAGUGGCUCACAUCACCAUGGCUGAUUUGGGGGAAAGAACCGGCAAGAAGCGCAGCACCGGUGCCUCUGCACCGCGCGUUGGGGCUUCUCCUGAUGGCGAGGCUGCGCAGGACACUGAUUGGCUUUCCAAGCAUCCAGAUUUGGAGGACUUAUGGGCUGAUGCAUAUGUUGAAGAUGAGAAGCUAGGCGCAUUGAAAGCAUCCCUCAAAUCCCAAAAGGGUAGAAAUUCCAUCGCGUCCUUGCAGUUCAAGCCAAAAGGGGGUACCACAUUUUCCCAAAAGCUUCAAGUGGUGGUCAAGCCACCAGAAAUUUGUGGUGUGGAUGCGAUGGCGAUCCUCAAAGUCAUCAUGAGUCUAGUCCUUGAUGGUGACAACGACAUCAACGAUCUUAUGGGCAUACGCAACAAAUUGGUGGACCUGCAUACAUCAGGCAAAUUCUUGAACUAUUUGUAUGAAACUUGGGAAGAGAAAACCACUAUGCACACUGCAUACGAAAAGCGCUUGGAGAUGGCAAAGGAUUCUGGGUCAGGCUGGGUCCUACGGGUCUUGCGGGCCAUGUCCGGCAUCCCCCCUAUACAAUUUAAAGAUGAUAUAGGUGGGGUCUUCCUUAGCUUGUCAUGUUGGUGUCAAGUCCAGAAAUAG